AUGGAGCUUCAGCACUAUGCCCUGAAGCCCCCCUACACGCGGACCUACUUCACAGUCCCCUCCCACGCGCAGGACACCCUCAGACGCAAUGGCCUCUCGCCCGUCCAGGCAGACGGGGAAUGUCUGACCGCCUUGAUCAUGGCGGCUCACUACGGGCCAUCCGAGGAGGCGGAAUUGCCCAUGGCCUUGUUCGAACCCUUUCUAGUGAUUGAUCCUGCGCAGACACCGACUGGAGUGGUGAGCACCGAGUUCCUGAACUUCUUAAUCCACUCCACUCUGGACAACAUGCCUCAACCUACGACUCCACAAAAUGCUGAAGAAGUGGCGCUGGCCUUUGCCCGCCUAGCCCAUGCCACCGCUCAGGGGCGCCACUCGAUGACCUACAACGACGCCUUGGAGAAGUGGCGGCGUUGGAAACCCGGUCGCAUCCGGGACAUGGAACCAUCCACCCAGCGACGACUGGAGAGUGACCUCCGGCUCCACUGGGCGAGGAGGCUCAUUGCCCACAUGGCACCCUAUGCCAAUGAGAUCCCCCACCUCCAGUCAAUACAUGGGCCAGACCUCUUCCAGGAGUACAUGGACCUCUUGGGUGCACACGCUUCCGCACCCUACGAACUUAUCCGGAUGGGGUUCAACCAGAUCCCCUGGGAUGCGGCGGCGGUGCGCGCCCUCCUCAACAAGCUGCGCGACACGGAGGCUACCCCACACAAGAUCCAGCGCAUCUGGGACACCCUUCGCUGGUUCUCCAAGAGGUUUGGACUGUUGGAUGUUGCCUCCCUCGGUCGGCUCCAGGAGAAGCGCAAAGCACUGCAGGACCAACUGACGCCUACGGUGUCAAAGCCUCAGCGGAAGGCCAUGGUUCCCUCAAAGGAAGUGAUUUGGGCGCUGGAGUGCGGUGCGGUUGCAUGCAGUGCGAGGUUCGAUGACCUCCAACAUACCUCGACUAGCUACCUGCAGAUCAGUUCCUCCACCAUUGAGCUCAAUGCAUGGCAGACCAAGACAGUGUCCGCCUUCAAGAUGAAGAAGUCCCCGGCCUUUGUGGACUCGGGCUACCUGAUCCCCACACUGAGCAAGGAUGGUCUGGGCCUGAUUCCUCGACCCUCCUCACCGGACAGGGCGCUUCGAUGGCUCAAAGCAGCUCUGGGACGACAAGGCCUACGAGGCCCACAGGUGGAGAACCUCUCUUGGCACUCCUUCCGGGUCUUCAUCCCUGAUUGCGCCUUCCAGCUGCACAUCCCUCAAGACCUGGGCCGCUCGCCACCGGAACGGCCACUGAGGCCCACGCCGGAGAGCACGGCCAGCUGGGAGAUGGUGGACGCGGAGAAGAUCCCAGCUGACUCGGUCGCUGAUGCCUCCGGUCCCUUGCGGGUGAUUGCCACCACACUCAGGAAGAAGGGCACCUACCUCUUCAAGGUUCACCUCCUGGACAACCAGGGCAAGACCAUUGGGCGCGGCUGGCCUCCCAACCUGGCCCGCGUGAAUGAGCUCACAUCGGAUGAGUACAUCGCGAACAUCGAUGCCCACCUUUGUUGCGAACGGUGCUUCAAGCACCACACCUUCCCCGCAGACUGGCAGACACCAUCAGCCCCACAUGCGCCUCUGCCUACUGAGGCCUCGUCAGCCUCCUCGCCAGACUCCGAGGACUCCCUUACGGAUGAUUCGGUCGACACGGCAUCGGAAGCGGAGAAGGAACGAGUGGAUGCGCUGAGUGCGGGGGUCAAGGCCCUCCUCACACAGAAGGGGAUCCCGUACUGGGUGGUGGCCCAGGCGGGCUACACCACCAUGGAGGACCUGGCCGACUGGGACACCCCUGCCCUGGCCAGACAGCACGCGGCUAGGGACCUGAACUUUGCAGGCAAUGACCAUGGGUGGACAAACGAACUCCGGGAACUCAUUUCCAUGCGCAUGUUUCAGUGUGUGCGCCUGGCUAAGGAAACGAUUGGAGAGACGAUCACGGGCCUGGGCCGGGGCCCGGACCAACCCCUACUACCCAUGUGCAAGACCACGGGCCUGGACGCGGUCUGUGACCGCAAACAAAUCCUCGUCCAGCCACGACCCAAGCUCACCUACCAGGGCAGUGACAACUUCCUGAAGAAGCAAUUCAAGCUGUGUGCCCAUGGGAAGAUUGGAUUCUUCCUUACAAAGCAAAUCAUCUCAGCACUUCCAGACACUUAA